AUGAAACUUGCCCGUUCUAAACGCACGACUAGGCUACCGAUAAGCCUUAUGACUGGUGGCAUCAAUCAGCCUCAGCUACCCGAGACUGAUGUGGGUCCCUCUCAGCCUCAGUUGCCCCAGCCUAUAGCGGGUCCCUCCCAGCAUCAGCCUUCCUCGGCUACAUCGGGUCCAGUCCAGCCUUUGUUGCCCGAGUCUACAGCGGGUCCUUCUCAUCCCCAGCUUCCCCUGCCUACGGCGGGUCUCUCCCAGAGUUUGCCUCAGGAUCCACACCGGACAGUUGAUUCAUUAGAGGAUACUUCUAGUGAUUUGUUGUUCACGAAAAGGAGUCGAGGCCCCACACGAUGCCAUCAAGUUUGGAACAUGUGUGAAGGGCAACACAUUUUUAUUACCACCAACAAUCUAGGGCAACCUGUUAAUGAAAAUGCUAGCAAGCUGACAAACGUUUUGGGGAUAAUAGCACGUAAUGAGGAUUACGCACCCCUUACAUAUUCUAAUUGGAGGGUAGUGCCAAACAAGAAGAAGGAUGAUAUGUACGAACUUGUCAUGAUACUGUCCAAGUUUCAGUUUGACAAAGAGAUUAAAUCUUGGGUGUUGAUGUCGAUUGGAAAAAAAUGGAGGGAUUGGAAGUGCGAACUGAAGAAAUUCCACUACUCACCUCAUGAUAAUGAUGAGGCGUGGCUAGCAGACCUCAAUGAGCAUGUCCAAAUGGAUCAGUCGAAGGCCCUCAUUGAGUUUUGGAACUCUGAAGAAGGAAAGGUAUGUGAUGAGUAG